GGCUCAGGCAUAUCUUUUGCCAGAGUUUGCUGUACUUGUGGAACUGAAGAGAAACAAAGGGAAGUACGUCUGAAUACAAGGUACCUCUCUUCUAAUAGUUUCCUCUUUCUUCCUUUAAAGAGGCAUCUGCGAGAUAGCUGCCAUGACUGAAGCAACAGCUGCUGAGAGAGAGAAGAAGCAAGGGGCUCCCCCUGGGCUGAGUGGGCGGAGAGCCCUCCCACCCAAUGUCUCCAAUGAAGAAGAAGACGAUGUUCCCACAAUGGAGUUUUUUAGUCCAGGGCCAAGGGGGGUUAUGCCAAAAGAUAUUCUGGAAGUCCUGGAAGUCAAUAUAUUCCAGCGUGAAGAUGAAAUUAAUAAGCGAGAGCACCAUACGGACAAAUACUACAACCACCGGUUGAUUGUGCGCCGAGGCCAGUCUUUCCAUAUUCAGAUUUCUUUCAGCCGUCCAUACAAUCCAGUAAAGGAUCAAUUCUGGAUUGAGUAUCUUAUAGGACGCUAUCCACAACAAAACAAAGGCACCUACAUCCGAGUCCCUUUGGUUCAAGAGCUGGAAAGUGGGCAAUGGGGUGCUAAGAUCACCCAUAGUGCUGGCCAGUUUGUUGCCCUGAAUAUCAUGCCAGCUGCAAAUUGCAUUGUGGGAAAAUUCCGCAUGUACAUUGCAGUCUUGACUCCGAAUGGCAUCUUGCGGACAAAACGAAACCCAAGCACAGAUACAUAUAUCCUCUUCAACCCCUGGUGUCCAGAGGAUGACGUGUUUCUGGAUGAUGAAAAAGAAAGACAAGAGUAUGUCCUGAAUGACCUUGGCGUGAUCUACUAUGGAGACCCUGAAAGUAUAAAAACCAGAAGCUGGAACUAUGGACAGUUUGAAGAAGGGGUCCUGGAUGCUUGCUUAUACCUGAUGGACAGAGCACAGUUGGCUCUCUCUGGCCGAGGAAACCCAGUCAAAAUCAGCCGCGUUGGCUCCGCAGUGAUCAAUGCUAAAGAUGAUGAAGGUGUGGUUGUUGGUUCAUGGGAUAAUCUUUAUGAAUAUGGAGUAGCACCAUCAUCUUGGACUGGAAGUGUAGACAUUCUACUGGAAUAUCACAGUUCUAAAGAGCCAGUGCGGUACGGUCAGUGCUGGGUCUUUGCUGGAGUCUUCAACACAUUUUUGAGGAGCCUGGGGAUUCCUGCAAGAGUUAUUACUAAUUAUUCCUCAGCUCAUGACAAUGAUGCCAAUUUGCAGAUGGAUGUCUUCCUGGAUGAAAAUGGAAAGAUAGAUUCCAGACUCACGAAAGACUCCAUCUGGAACUACCACUGCUGGAAUGAAGCCUGGAUGUCCAGACCUGAUCUUCCUGUUGGUUUUGGAGGCUGGCAAGCUGUAGAUAGCACUCCUCAAGAAAACAGUGACGGCAUGUAUCGGUGCGGUCCCGCCUCUGUUCAGGCUGUUAAGCAUGGACAUGUCUGCUUCCAGUUUGAUACACCUUUUGUUUUUGCAGAGGUAAACAGUGAUAUUGUAUACUCAACAGCAAUGAAAGAUGGAACUAAAGUGGUUCAGCGUGUUGACAAGAUCCAGGUUGGGAAAUUAAUCCUGACAAAAGAAUUGGGUUCUGAUAAGAUGAAGAACAUUACUGAGCAGUACAAAUUCCAAGAAGGCACAGAGGAAGAGAGACUGGCCUUGGAGACCGCCCUGUUAUAUGGUGUUAAGAAAAGUGUGACCCAGGAUAUCACACCCAGUGCGGAGGUUGACAUGGAUUUCAUAGUGGAAGACUCGGCACUUGGCAGCGAUUUUAAUGUCAAUAUUACUUUCCGAAACCAUACGCAAAGCCGCUACACUGCAACAUCUUAUCUUUCUGGCAAUGUUGUAUUUUAUACUGGAGUCCCAAAGGGAGAAUUCAAGAAUCAUAGUUUCGAUGUGACACUGGACCCACUGCAAACUCAGACUGUCGAGGUGCUAAUCAAAUCGAGAGAAUAUAUGAGCAAGUUGGUGGAACAAGCCUCUCUGCAUUUCUUCGUCACGGCCCGUGUCAACGAAACAGAAAAGAUCCUGGCCCGGCAAAAAAGUGUUACGCUGAAAAUCCCCCAGCUGCUCCUUAAGGUUCCUGGAGAGAAAGUAGUUGGUAAAGACAUGACAGUGAUAGUGGAAUUCACCAACCCACUGAAACAGAAUCUCACCAACAUCUGGGGCCGACUUGACGGGCCUGGUCUUCUGAAACCAAUCUCAAAACUUUUCAGAGAGGUUCCAAAGAAUUCUACCUUGACAUGGGAAGAAAAAUGCAUUCCGAAGAGGGCCGGUCCCCGAAAGCUGAUUGCAAGCUUGAAUUGCGAUGCCUUGCGACAUGUCUACGGGGAGCUGGACAUCAAUAUUCAAAAUGCUGUGUAAAGACCCUGUCUACUUGCAUUCCCCCUUCCCCAUAUUUCAGGAACUUCAUUAUAAAAAGUAUCAUACCAAGAGUCAUAAUCCAAAGGGCGAAUGCUACAUUCUGUGCGUAUAUUUGAAUUAGGUUAUUUCCCCUGUUUUCUUUUAUAGAAGCUACCCAAUGCAAUUCUGCUAUUGUUCCUCAAAGAAGGAAUGUAAAUCUUUACAGGUUUCAUUUUCACAGCUGAGAACGAGGAAAAUGUUUUAUUCUUUCUGGGGUAGAUUACAAGAGGUUUUGUGCAUUUCUCACAUUUUGGCAUUUGUGACAAAUUCCGAGGAGGGGUUGCCCACAAAAACUUUGGAUUUUUUGCAGGAAAACGAAAUGUAUUCUGCACAAAUGAUUUUAAUGCAAUUUUUUUUGUCCAAAAGCAUACAUCUUUUGCUAAUAAUGCUGCUGUUGAUGAAAAAAAUAUGCUGGUCUCUCCACCCUCAUGUGAGGGAGAAAAGCCUUGCAGCAAUUAGCCAUUUUUCGCUGGGUCUCUUGAUUUGUCAAGGUUCCUUUUGUCCUCAAAAAUGAGAAAAUUGGAAUUUGUUAUAUACUAAACUGUCCUGGAUUUGAAAACCGGAGCACAACACAUUGGGAUAUUCUUUCUCAGCAGCCCCACUGAAAGGGAGGGGAACAUCACAAGAAUACUUUUCUCCAGGCAUUAUACCUACAUUUUGGAGGCCUUUGUGCAAGACUGUGAUGAUCAGAGGUCCAUGUAUGUUAUUUUUCUUUCCCCCAAAUCGUCUUCUCUCCCCAGUUCUAGUACUGAACUGGCUAUAUGCCUGACUAGUAACUGGGCAUCAAACAAAACAAUAAAAAAAUUUCAAAGCACAGAAGAGAUUAUUCAAGUUUGAUAGAGUGAGUCCAAAGAGAAGUCAUGGGUCAUAUUGUCCUUCCUUAUUUGCAUGUGUUUAUGACUUAUUACUUUGAAACUGGGACUAUCUUUAAAAGGUUUCAGUCUCUGGAGUAUUGUGAACUUUCAUUUUAAUUAGAGCUUGAUAUUUCAUGGAAUCUUUUUUUUUUUUUUUAAGCUGGGGGAAAAUUGUCAAGUAUCAUAAAAUGGCCGUUUCUAUUAAUUAUGUUCCCAGAACAAGCUUUUUUCCCCUGUCCAAUGGAGAGUUUGGUGUGCUCAGAACACUUGCUUCUCCUUUCACACCUUCAUGACAAGUGGAACUUACAUGUGCAUUUUUUUAAAAAAAUGACUGUGAUAGAGACAAUGCCACAAUUUAAAUGGGGAAGAGUUUGGGUGGGUGAGUGGGUGGAUAAUGUAGCUUGCCAUACAAAUGCUUUCCUACCUUGGUCAGCAACUGAUAUAGUGGUAAAUUUGGAAGUGUAAGGCUCUUCAGGACUGUCCUGUUGCCAAGCCCUCUCAGAGAGCCAAAAAUGCAGGCAACUAUAUUGGUGGAUAUCAACAAUUGAGGAGUGGGAUUUUUUUUGUAAAGUUAAUUGUUGAUUCAAGAGCCAAUUUCCUCCAGGUACUUUGCAUUACAGCAGGGAUAAGGUGCAACAACAUUAUGAGUGUAAGAAAAUUCAUUUCUUUCCCAGCUACUGUGAGGUAGCUAAGCUCAGAGGGAGUGGAGGAGUCUCAGAAGGGUAGAGAUAAUAUCAUAGUUCCUGCUGAUCAGAGCCCUGGCUUCACUACACUCCUAGUGACCACUUUGUCAUUUCUUCUGUUUCUGUGCUGACAACUGGAGGGCCAGUUGACAGUCCUUUGGUGGGACAAAAUUGACCCUGGGACCUCCAGUUGAUAACCUCAACUCUAACAUAUUCACAGGACAUAUUGAGAGCAUGAUUGACCACUUCUUAUCCAUAAACAUUUAUCACCAAUGUUCAGGAAAGAUGUGCCUGGUGGAGUAUCAGUCAUCGUACUUACCGAAUGCUGGUAGAGAAACAUACAGUGUUACACAAGUGGGAUCAAGGAGACUCUUCCCUUAAAGGCUACCAUAACUGUCCUUCCAUGACCUGGCGCAUUAGAACAGCCAUUAUGGUCAAAAUCUAUCAUUGAGGUUGGGAUGGUGGUGUGGGCAGCAUUAAGACCCCUAUUUUCCAUUGUACAAGCUGCUCUUUGAGUUCUGUAAAUUAUAGUUUGGAAGUGGUCAUUGGCAGUGCCUGUAGAGAAAGAACCUUUGACCCUUAAGACAUGUUGGACGUCAACUCCUCUUAACCCCAACCAGUGUGACCAGCUGUGGGAGUAUGGGGCUACUAGUCUUAAACAUCUGGGUACAGAAAGGUUUCCAAGGCCUGAUAUACGUGCCUACUCAGAAGAAGGAAGCACCACUUAGUUCAGUGGAACUUACACAAAUAAAUAUGUGCAGACUCUUCAGAAAGUUGUUUGGUGUGCCCUUCGCUUAUAUCUUCUUAUAAUUAUCUAACAAAAUUAUGCCCUAUUAAUGACUUUGGUUUGCACGUAAGCUCUGAUUUAUGUUACUGUCAUGCACUGCAUCGUCUUUUCACUUCUUUCUCAAGGAGAGCCUCCUGUGGCUUGAAUGCUUUAGGAUCUUCUCAUUUAUCAAGAACAACUAAUGUAAUAAAAUAAUGGUUUUA